AUGGACUGGGUUUCUACACCUUACACAGGACGUGCUAAAUUCAACGAACGUUCCCCCGGCGUAACAAGGCCUCAUGGGUACGCUCGCAAGAUUCAUGCCAAAAGAGUCGAUGGAGAAUUAAGAAGCCUUCUUAAUCCAUCCACAGCAAAGCCAGACUUCCCCUUCGCGGCUCCGGCUACAUUUAUCAGUGAUUGGAAGUCUGCUCAACAGGGCUUGAUCAGUGUGAAGGCCUAUGGUCCGGUUAAGGAUGCUACCCUCACCCUUAUUAGCAAACUACGUGAUUACUACAUCCUGA